UUUUCUAGGUAAAAGAAAGGGCCAACCAGAAGUGUUCGGUUAUAACUGUUGAUCCUGUUCAACCUAAACUGUGAUCUUCUUCAUCCUCAUCCUCAUCAUUUUCUUAUUAAUCUUCUCUAUUUAUAUGUAUGUUGAAAACUUUUCUUCUAAUGUGAUUAUUAUCCAAAAAUAAUAUUCUAAAGUUUAUCAAAAAGUUUAAUUUAUUUUCUUUUUUAGAAUUUGUUUUUGUUACUUAUAUAAAUUGAAAGAAAUUUUUACAGAAAAAAAAAUUGUUACGAAAAAACUUUUCUCGUGAAAACUGCAAAGUCUCAAGUCAAUGUCAUUGACAACAAUCAACUUAACGUUGGAUCAACAGCAAUUAACUUAAUAACCACAAUCAAGCGAAAAAGGACUUGGUCAGAAAGAGAAAAGAAAGAGAAAAGUUGUAACUCAAUUUCUCAUCAAAACUUUUCUUCUUCUUCUUCUUCAUCUUCAUCACCAUUGUCGAGAGAUUAACUAAUUAACUGCCUUCCAAUUUAUCCUUCAAUCUCUUUUCUUUUUACAUUUAAUCCUUUUCUUUAUACACAUCAAAUUAAAUCUAUUUAAAUUGUCCUUCCGUCCAUCUAAUGACCAUGGACAGUAACACAAUUAGCCUAAUAUUUAAAUUGCUAUUCACUUUAGUAUUGGUUUGUAAAACUGUUACCGGUGAGCCAAGUCCAAUUACCAACGAUAUCAAUGCCAUGAUAUAUUUACAACGAUUCGGUUAUAUGAAUGAAAGUUUAGGAGCUGCUAAUUUAAUUGCAAUCGAUACUUAUCAAGAUGCAAUUAAGGAUUUCCAAAGAUUUUCAGGAAUUAAUGAGACAGGUCUUCUUGAUGAAGAGACAAUAUUGAUGAUGAAUACACCUCGAUGCGGAAACAAGGACCAUAAUGGUCAAGCUGAACACGCUCGUCGGCGGAAACGAUAUGCAUUACAAGGAAGUAAAUGGCGAAGAACUGAUCUUACAUAUCGAAUCUCCAAGUAUCCAAGAAAAGUGAAGAAAAGUCAAAUUGAUACCGAAAUUGCUCGAGCUUUUCAAGUUUGGUCUGAAGUAACUCCGUUGAAUUUCAUCCCCAAGAAAGAUGGUCGAGUUCAUAUUGAUAUUAAGUUUGUCGUCGGUGAACAUGGAGAUGGUGAUCCUUUCGAUGGACCUGGAAACACUUUGGCUCACGCUUAUUUCCCUCAAUAUGGGGAUGCUCAUUUCGACGAUGAAGAAUAUUGGACUAUUGAUUCAUAUACAGGAACUAAUUUAUUUCAAGUAGCAGCUCAUGAAUUGGGACAUUCAUUGGGUUUAGGCCAUAGUUCAACACGGGAAUCUUUGAUGGCUCUUUAUCAACGAUAUAAGCCAAAUUUCAGAUUAUCUAAAGAUGAUAUUCUUGGUAUUCAAUCUUUAUAUGGACCUAGGACUGAACCACAAACAACGGCACCACCUAAAGAAACACCAUACUCUCCUCCACCUCCACCUAAAUUUCCUGGAUCAACUCCUGAACCAGAUAUUUCUGAUGCUCCAGAUCUUUGUCAAGAUGGACGGAUUGACGCUGUUACCAGAAUCGCCGAUGGGACCACUUAUGUCUUUAAAGGAAAACAUUAUUGGAAAGUUGAAACUAACGGCCUGGCCGAUGGUUAUCCAAGAAGAAUCUCCGAUGAUUGGGAUGGUCUUCCAGGGGACAUUGACGCUGCUCUCACUUGGGCCGAUGGAAAAACCUUCAUUUUCAAGGGUAAUAAUUAUUGGCGUUUCCAUAAUCGUAAAAUGGACUCAGGGUAUCCAAAGAAUAUCUCUCUCGGAUUUGCUGGAAUACCAAAUAACAUUGACACCGCAUUUGUUUGGAGUGGAAAUGGAAAAACUUAUUUCUUCAAAGAUAAAUUGUAUUGGCGAUUCGAUAGUAAAAAUGACCCACCAGUGAGUAGCCGUUAUCCAAAGCCGAUUAAAAACUGGGUCGGAUUACCGAGUAACAUUGAUGCCGCUUUCAAAUGGGAAAACGGAUUAACUUAUUUCUUCAAGGGAACCAAUUAUUAUCGAUUCAAUGACAACGAUUUCGAGGUUGACAGUUCAGCUAAGCCGCCGUUCCCAAGACAAACCUCUGUUUGGUGGUUUGAUUGUAAAUCGGCUGCCAACUCACCUUUCCGUGGUAGUCUGAUCUCAGGUCAGAAUAGAUCAAAGUUUAUUGGAGCUUUAAUGUCCAACACUAUGGAUCAAGAUCUUGAAUCAUCGGCAGCAUCAUCUUCCUCAUCAUCGUCACAAAUUCAAUCCGAUUCAGGAUCAAUUGGUACAAUUUCUGGUUCUAGUUUAUCCUCAUCUUCUGGUAAAAAUGGGAAUCAUCAUGAUUCAAGAAUCUCAUCCGGUGAAGAGGACAAAGAAUGGACAAUUCAUGGUAGAUUUGACCAUCGUGACCUUGCUGCCGCUGUUUACAGUCAUGCGAUAAUCUGUAAGACUAACAUGAUACUAAUGGCCUUAAGCCUGUUGUUAACGAUCACCCGAAAAUUAACCGAAUCAUAGAUUUACCUCAAUUUACAAUUAAUCACCUUUUAAACAAUCUCAUCAGAUGAUGUUACAAUUUCCCAUUUAAAUUAACUAUUCAAAUGAUAAUCAACUUUCUCGCAGGUACAACAAUUAAAAUGAAACGUAAAUCAUUUUAAUUUGAUUUUUGUUUUCUUCUAAUGAUCAACAAAAUGAUAACCACCCAAUCAUCAUCAUCAUCAACAACAAUCACCCACUCAUAUCUCCCAUUCUGGAAUGAAAAAGCUUAAGAAAAACAAAAUCGGAUUAAAAAGACUCAAAAUUAACUAAAUUAACUCAUCACUCAUUUAGCUGAUCAUUUGAAAAUGGAUUAAGAAAAAAAAAGAAAACCUGAUUGGAUUAAUUAGAUCAGAUUCUAAUCAACGAAUUUGUUUCAUCAUCAACAAAUCAACUUCAUCUUCCAAACGAUCUCAUAAACAAUCAUCAUCAUCAUUUUUUUUUUGCUACAAUUAAAA